GCGGAGAGGAGGCGGGGAGGGGACCGCGCGGCGCGGCGGGAUGGAAGGGCUUAUCCCGCUCGUCAACCGGCUGCAGGAUGCUUUCGCAGCACUGGGCCAGAGCUGCCUGCUGGACCUGCCGCAGAUUGCGGUGGUGGGCGGGCAGAGCGCCGGCAAGAGCUCGGUGCUGGAGAACUGUGUCUCCAGGGAUUUUCUUCCACGAGGUUCUGGAAUUGUAACAAGACGACCACUGGUCUUGCAACUCAUCACUGCCAAAACAGAGUAUGCUGAAUUUCUACACUGCAAAGGGAGGAAAUUUACUGAUUUCGAUGAAGUUCGCCAGGAAAUUGAAGUAGAAACGGAUAGAAUAACAGGCAUGAACAAAGGCAUUUCUUCAAUUCCUAUUAAUUUAAGAAUAUAUUCUCCACAUGUAUUAAGCCUGACUCUUAUUGAUUUGCCGGGAAUCACUAAAGUGCCAGUAGGGGAUCAGCCUCCAGAUAUUGAACAGCAGAUCAGAGACAUGAUCAUGCAGUUCAUCUCUCGAGAAAACUGUCUGAUACUGGCCGUGACUCCUGCCAACACUGAUCUGGCCAACUCAGAUGCACUGAAGUUAGCUAAGGAAGUGGACCCUCAAGGCCUUAGGACCAUCGGUGUGAUCACAAAGUUGGAUUUGAUGGAUGAAGGGACAGAUGCAAGAGAAAUUCUAGAAAACAAACUACUUCCUCUUCGCAGAGGUUACAUUGGUGUUGUAAACAGAAGCCAGAAAGACAUUGAUGGGAAGAAGGACAUAAAGGCAGCUCUUCUAGCAGAACGGAAAUUCUUUCUUUCCCAUUCAGCAUAUAGACACAUGGCAGAUCGCAUGGGAACACCAUACCUCCAAAAAGUUCUAAACCAGCAACUUACCAAUCAUAUUCGGGACACCCUGCCAGCCUUCAGGAGCAAACUCCAGGGUCAGCUGCUUUCUAUAGAACAUGAAGUGGAGGUGUACAAAAACUUCAGACCAGAAGAUCCAACCAGAAAAACAAAAGCUUUGCUGCAGAUGGUGCAGCAGUUUUCAGUGGACUUUGAAAAAAGAAUUGAAGGAUCAGGAGAUCAGGUUGAUACACUGGAACUUUCAGGAGGUGCCAAAAUCAAUCGUAUUUUCCAUGAGCGUUUUCCUUUUGAACUAGUGAAGAUGGAAUUCAAUGAGAAGGAGCUGCGGAGAGAAAUAAGUUAUGCCAUCAAGAACAUACAUGGUAUCAGAACAGGCUUGUUUACUCCAGAUAUGGCAUUUGAGGCCAUUGUUAAAAAACAGAUAGUCAAACUGAAAGGACCUUGCCUAAAAAGUGUGGAUCUGGUGAUGCAAGAGUUAAUCAACACUGUCAAGAAGUGCACUAAAAAGUUGGCAACAUAUCCAAGGCUGUGUGAGGAAACAGAAAGAAUUGUUGCUGGUUACAUUCGUGAACGAGAAGAGAAGACCAAGGACCAGGUGCUGCUGCUGAUCGAUAUCCAAGUUUCUUACAUCAACACUAACCAUGAAGACUUCAUUGGCUUUGCAACUGCCCAACAAAGAAGCAGUCAGGUUAACAAAAGUGCAGUGGGAAAUCAGGGAACCAAUCUACCGCCUUCAAGGCAAAUUGUCAUCCGGAAAGGCUGGCUGACCAUCAACAAUAUUGGCAUCAUGAAAGGAGGAUCCAAGGAGUACUGGUUCGUUCUAACUGCAGAAAGCUUGUCCUGGUAUAAAGAUGAUGAGGAAAAAGAGAAGAAAUAUAUGCUGCCUUUGGACAACUUGAAAGUGCGUGAUGUUGAAAAGAGCUUCAUGUCUAGCAAACAUAUCUUUGCCUUGUUCAACACGGAACAGAGGAAUGUUUACAAGGAUUACCGUUUCCUCGAGCUAGCCUGCGACUCUCAAGAGGAGGUGGAUAGCUGGAAGGCAUCUCUGCUACGAGCCGGUGUCUAUCCCGAUAAAUCUGCAACUGAAAAUGAGGAGAAUGACCAAGCAGACAAUUUUUCAAUGGAUCCCCAACUGGAGAGACAGGUGGAGACGAUUCGCAAUCUUGUGGACUCCUACAUGUCUAUUAUCAACAAAUGUAUCCGAGAUCUGAUACCGAAAACAAUCAUGCAUCUCAUGAUCAAUAAUGUAAAGGAAUUUAUCAAUGCAGAGCUCUUGGCUCACCUGUAUUCUUCUGAGGACCAAAACACUCUAAUGGAGGAGUCAGCUGAACAGGCACAAAGGCGAGAUGAAAUGCUCCGCAUGUACCAAGCACUGAAGGAAGCUCUGGCAAUCAUUGGAGAUAUCAGCACCAGCACUGUCUCAACUCCUGCACCUCCUCCUGUAGAUGACUCCUGGCUUCAGCAGGCCCGCAGAUCUCCUCCUCCGAGUCCCUCAACUCCGAGGAGGCCUACAUUAAACAAUCCCCCAACCAGACCUUUAUCUGGCCGAGGACCUGCUCCUGCCAUCCCAUCUCCAGGCCCACAGUCAGGAGCUCCCCCAGUCCCAUUCCGCCCAGGACCACUGCCUCCAUUUCCAAGUGGUGGUGAAGCCCUUGGAGGACCUCCUCAGGUUCCCUCUCGGCCAACCCGGGCUCCGCCCAGUGUCCCAAGUCGAAGACCACCCCCUUCACCUACUCGGCCCACUGUAAUUCGUCCAUUUGAUUCAUCCCUGUUAGACUAAAAGAAGCUUCUGGCAUGUCAUUCAUUGUUAACCAAAUAUGUGGAAACAGAUUGCUUGGUAACUGUUGCAAUAACCAAUGUAUAGUCGCAUGUCUGGACAUCUGUAGGCAAGUAACCAAUUUUACUGAUAUACUCUCUGUCCAUUCUGCAUUGUUUAUGAAGUCUUCAGUGUUUUGGGAAGGUCUGUGCUGCUUUGACUUCUCCUUUUACAAUAGCUGAUGUUAGCUAACGUACUGACACGUGUCUUCACCCAGGCAACUGUACUCAUCACAGGCCUGUACAGCAAUUGGAGGGCUUGACUUUAUGCGUGUUUGUGCAUGUGUUGAUUUGAUUUGCUUCUGUUUUUUCAUCUUAUAUGAAAAGAGUCUUGCUUUAAUUUGUGCAUCUCAGGUUUUCUGUCAUUUUGAAUCAUAGAAUUAUGCCUGUCUUCUCUUUUAAUGCUGAAACUGGGCAAAGAAAAGUAACAUGAUUUCUUACCAAGCUCUUCUGAAGGCCACUUCUGUCUUUCAUAGAAGGUAGCUGGAUGGCUGCUUCUCCUAUAAUUUCUCUUUAUCCAAAGUCUAGUUUUUAAAGAAUGUUGUUAAAUAAGAAGGGUGUGGAUGGGACAAUGUAUGCUUUGCUAUAUUUCCACACUGCCAGCUGACGCGCAGAGUUGGUUGAGAACCAAUUUGUAGUGCCUCAGCUCACAGGAUUCAGCGUGGAGCUGUUUCACCCUGCAGCAAGGAUGUGAGAGGGUGGUUUGAAGAGCCAGUACAUGACAGAGCAGCGUGUGUCAACUUGCUUUGUCAUCAGCUAGUGCUUGCUCAUAUUCGUACUCCCACGGAAUGCAUGGGAAGCUUUGAGGAUAUGUGAGUGCAAAUAAUACAUUUACAUGUACUGCAUGGCUGGAGCCAGGGAACUCAGUGUUGAUUUUGUGAAACAGAAGGCAACACAGAUACAGAUAUGUGUACAGCUGUAAGUGGGCUACUGCUUCUCUGCCUGCUGUAAGCUAGUUCACAGAGCUAUGGCCUAGAUUUACAUCUCGACUUUCCAAGGGUCCAGUUUGGAUUUGAGUCAGUAAAGUUCUGUUAUGCCCUCUGUAUAAAGACUUUAGACUUUAUCCUUGCAUCUCUUGAAAUCCUGCACACCUUGCAUCCUGGCAAUGGAUUAUUUUAGCAGAUGUGCCCUUGCAGAGGUCCUCUCUGCCUGUUAUUCUGCACUUUGUAUAUAAACCCCUUUUGUCUUAACUGCAUUACUUCACUUUAAACACUAAGAGUCAGUGUCACCCCUAUGGCUUAAAACUGAGUUAACAGAAUGCAAUUAAAAAUUAACAUGGCCACAUUUCUUCAGAAAAUAUUAAUUGCUGUUAUUACAAUUAUGGUUACAGAUCUUAAGCAAGGAAACUGGUAGUUGCAGGGGCCCCUAGUAAACUGUAUUUAUUGAGACUGUGUGUAGGGCUCCAGCCAGCUGUAACCCCAUGAUUAGGAAGAAUCCAAUCAGAGCCACAACAAAUGGGGAUUUAGCCUGUGAAGUAUUCCCAAACUGCUGAUUAGUUGUGCUCACCAUUGAAGCAAAUCAUGUUUCAGCUUGCAUAAGAGAGAUGAGCUUGGGAAAGCAUCAUGAUUUGUAUGUUAGCUUAGCUUUAAUUUCCUGUCAAUCUCAUACAUGUGACACACACCUGGGGAGGCUAGAGGUCAGCAUCCAAAGCACAGUGAUGAUGGAGUUUGUCAGAGCACAGGCAUCUUUGUGAUCUCAGAAGACUGCUUAAGUGGCCAGUGUUUGUUUGGAGAACAGCCCCAGCUCUCCCUCCCCAGGUGCACAGAAUCAGCUUUCAAGAAAAAGAAACAAAACAACAAAAAAAACCCCAGGUUGAUCUGUAAAGCCAGUUACAGCUGCAUUCAUUUCUGUGACCGAAAAAAAAAAAAAAAGAGAAGACUUGGAUGAUUUCUUUUAUCUUCUACACAGUUUUCCACUGUGUAGCUUGCUCUGCUGCAACAUGCACUGCAUGUAUUGGAUGUAUUUUUAUCAAUGGCCAUAGCAGUCCAUGCGGUUGCCCAGCCACCAAACCUCUAAAUAGCUUGGCAGAACUCUCUGUCACUGACAGGCAGCUGCCUGCUGAUGGCCGGGCCUAGUGCCUCAGCCAAAAAAGUCACUUUAACCCAAAAUGUUGAUAUUCAUUCAGUGAUUCCACAAGGCCAUGGUCUGGGUUUAUCCCACAAUGCCCCAGACACUCAGUUUAAUUGUCAAAGGUCCCUCUUGCUCAGUGGAAAGAGGGGGUGAUUCAGGCCAAUGUGGCUGUGUGGUAGGUGAGGGUGGUAAUGUUAGUAAGCAAGGAGCCUUGCUCAGAUGACAUAGGUCUGAGCCUAAAAACAUGUAAAAUCCACUGUAUCUGAGAGUCCUUCAUUUACUUUAAUGACAGUUUCUGUCAAGCAUAAGGAAGCAAGUAGCACAAUUCAGAACUGCCCCUUAAGAAAUUGUCUUUCUCAGCAGUAAUCCUGAAUUGUAAAUUAAGUUCUCCGGAGUGGAUUUACCCAUAAGAGGUGGUGGAGGAGGCAGCAACGCACCUGUGACCCUGCUGUCAGCACCAUCUGGUUCUGUGCUUGAUGGUGAGGUUGCAGGACACAGCUGCACAGCUCUCCCUUACCCUGCAUCCUCACUCAGCUCACAUCUAAACCUGGCCUGUGCCCUAAAUGCAAGACUUUAAGGUGUACAGGUAAUAAUUAACCAUGAGCACUGAUCCAGGGGUUGACAAUUUAGCACCUAACUUCUUGCAUAUAUGCUUUUCAGAGUAAACUGCACAGAUUUGUUGUUUCUAGGAAAAGUGCUAAGUGCUUCCCAAGAAAUUGCCACAUCCAGUUGAGUAAGUACUGUCCUCCCAGCCUUGGCCUGUUUCCUCCUGCUGUACAGUGCCUGGAACAAGUUUGUUUGUCCUGCUUGCUCCUGAUGCUGGUGCGUCAGCGUCUUUCCCAUCCCUUGCUCUCAGAGGAGCAGCCCUGGCAGCAACUCAAUUCAUGCCUGAAGGACAACAGGACAAGUACCCUGUGGAUCUGCUAGAGGGACUGGCUACCUCAGGCUGGCCACUGCUCCCUCGCAGAUACCUAAAGCCUGAGCUCCUAUGUCUGAGAAGCAUAGGUUGCUCUCCAGUUCUUUGUUUCCCUCUGGCAUAGCUCAGAAGAUUGCCAGAGAGCAGUGGAGACUCCCACUGGGUACCAGCAAGGUUUCUGAUACUAUGUGAGGUGUGUAAUUAGCUGGGUGAUGUACGCAGCAAAGUUUCAGCAGAGUGCUCAUCUGGUAUUGCAUUUAGGCUAAGCCUGGGUCUCUGCCUAGAGAACUUGUUCCACCUCACCUCCUUCUGGCUGACCGACAGCGGAAGAGCUUGUGCAUGCCCAUAAAUAGCUCUCAGCCUUUUAAUCUCAAGGGAUCUUGUGUUAGGUUUAAAAAGAUUGUAUGUUCAGUUAAAAAGCUUAUGUACAUAGUUAAUGUGUGCUUAUUUUAUUGGCAAUCUUGUUGCACUUUCUGAGUAAGCCUCAUAAAAGUAGGUUAUUUAUUAUAGUUACAGGAGAUAGGCUAUAGGUGAUGGCAUCUCAUGUUAAAGCAUCACAUAUUAUUAUACUCUCCAUUGCAGACAGCUACACUAAACAACGUGUAUGCAGCAUUGCUGAGAUUGCUGGCUAGUUCUGACCUUUAGUAUACUAAAAUAGUCCAAACCUCCUGAACUGAAAGCAGACCUAUUUUGCACCUGUGACUCUGGGGAGGCAUCUGACCUCUUGACGUGCUUAUGGCAGUUCCUCCUGCUGUGGCAUUGAACCUCCUCCUCAGGCUCGAGCAGAACUGCUUCACUGUGUAAAUGAAUGUUACUCUGCCUGUCUUUCCUCUUGCUUUGUCUGCAGGCGAGCUGAUACCGAUGGCUCCUCUCGUCCAGACAGUCCUCCACAUUUGCUUGAUAUAUGAUUUGUCCCCACCUUGCCGGCUGUUUGCUUUACUGCCUGUCUCUUUGCUUUUCCAGGACAGUGUAAACGAUGACUUCUUUUUGUAAGAAGCAAACACUUUAUUUCUUUCUGAUUUUUUUUCCUCUGUAUGUAAAUGCCCUACUUCAUAUGAGCCAAACCACCUGCCUUUGGUUUCAUCUGUAUAUCAUCUAUAAAUGCUUCUUGGUGUUGACCUUUGAGCACAGCAAGUUGAUUCCCAAAACCACGGUCAUUACUGAGCACUCCAUGCACCUGCUGUAAAAAUCUUAUGCUGCAUUUCUGAACCUGAAAUAAACUGUAACUCUUGAUGGGCUUUUAUUAUUA